UGGGGAAACUGUAGGACUUGUUCGUGUUGGCAUAUUGUGUGGGACUCCUGUUUGACAUCCAAUGUAAUAAGCCGUUGGGGAACAUUUCGUAUUUUCAAAUGAGGUGGAUAAUGUGUAUGAGACGUCUGUUUCGGCUUAAGACGUUGCUACAACACUUUCUUUUUCUUUCGCGCUUUGUGGGUACAAUUGAAGGGCUGUGAGCUUUUUGUGGUGAUGCAUAAGAGCCUGAAAGGCAGCUGAGCGUCUGAAGGCUUCGAUAACCACAUCCGACUCCGGUCGCUUUGCAGUACACGACUUAGAGAGACAUUUGCAACUCUCGUGGCUCUAGGCAAUCUCGUGGUGGUCUUUGAAUUGCUUUUGCGCACCCUCGAGCUGUGUAGUUUAUUCUGCUGUAGGUUUCCCCAGACAACCUCGACCUAUUGAUGGUUCUCGAUUUGUACGUGCUGUAGGAUUCGCACCCAAUGUUCUGUGCUUAGAGUUACGUUCAGCGACAGACCAACUCGAACUUGUUGAGUUAUCGUCCAAGUGUGAUGGCGGUAGCAGUUGACUCCCGUAGAGAUCUAUUGUUUCUAUAUCUCCAUGCAGAUGGCUGGCAAUUUCACAAACUUCGAUUUCUAAGAAAAUUAUCUCAAGCAGAAGCAGACCGUGGACGUCUUCGUGUAACGUAGUCUGAAGGAGUUCGGUAAUAGUAAGGGGUAUAUAACGAGUUGGAUACAUGCUCACAGUUUGACUGAAACAAUUCUUACGUCUCCAGAAUGAUCGAACACGUAGCAAUUCACCUGACUGCAAACAACUCAGAGUACAAGUUGGUCGGAAAUGAAGUGUCUGUGCCCAUAUGCUGCAGGGAGGCAAAGCGCAGUGGUUAAAUUUUGUGAGAAUUCUUUAAGCUCCACACACAAGAACGAAAAAGGAAUCAAACAUGCCGUCCGUCAUUCCUCUCCAGCAGCCUUUGGAAACCUCCAGCUCACGACGAAGAGGCAUAGAUGCGGAUCUCGACGGAGGAAUUCUCCGCAGUGUACCCAUGCCCGGCCCUGAUCCUACCCAACAUUAUGGUGAUCGGAGGAACGGGGAGGUCGCAGACGAGGAGGAUAAUAUAACCGCGGAACACGCCGUGGACGUUGAUGACGAACCAAGAACGCCUCCCACGGACCGGAAACCCCCCUUGCCGAUAACUGUUAAGUUCUUCGACAUUCGAAACACGGUGAAGAUAGAGUCGAGAACAUUUUGGAGUCCCAGGCAGCCAUUCAAAGUGAAGCGACGGCCAGAGGUUGAAAAGGAAAUUCUCCAUGGCGUCACAGGGUCAGUCUUUCCUGGCGAGACGCUGGCAAUUAUGGGACCCUCGGGAAGUGGAAAGACUACUCUGCUCAAUCUGUUGGGUGGACGAAAUCAACACGGAGUGUCAGGCCGAUUCACAUACAAUGACAUCGCUUACAACAAAGCGCUGAAGCGAAGGAUGGGAUUUGUUACGCAGGAUGACGUGCUAUAUGGCCACCUAACAGUGCGAGAAACUCUUGUGUAUGCUGCACUACUACGUUUACCGUCCAGUUCUUUCACUCGAGCUCAAAAGAUAGCGCGAGCUGAAGAGACGAUACUAGAGCUUGGUCUCGACAAGUGUCGAGAUACCAUCAUCGGAGGACCAUUUUUUCGGGGAGUAUCUGGCGGAGAACGAAAGCGGGUCUGCAUUGGCCACGAAAUUCUAGUCGAUCCAUCUUGUUUGUUCCUCGACGAACCAACCUCUGGGUUGGAUUCCACCACAGCCCUUCGGAUCAUCCACGUUAUCAGAAACUUAGCGAAAGCAGGGCGCACAGUAUUGACCACGAUUCAUCAGCCUUCAAGUCGAUUAUUCUAUAUGUUCGACAAGCUCAUCCUUCUUUCGCAAGGGAAUUCCAUCUACUUUGGAAAUGCAUGUGACGCACCGAACUAUUUCUCAUCGAUAGGGCUCACACCUUUCAUUGCCAUGAACCCUGCCGAUUUUAUUCUAGAUCUUGCGAGCGGCAAUUUGAGCGACAUAUCAAUCCCGCCUGCUUUGGAGAAGACCACAAGCUUGAGUCGCCACUGCCAGAAAACCCCUGCACCCCUUCCAAGCUCUGCCAACGUGCAUUCCUACCUGGUCCAGCAAUUUGAGCAAGAAUUAUUGCCAAAGGAGAAAUCGAAGAUAUUAAGGUCGGCCUCAGCGAAGGAGGAGCUGAAAUUGGCGGUUACUGCGAAGCGGGAGUGGUCAACUUCGUGGCUGGACCAGUUUUCUGUGCUGAUGAUGCGCGGGCUCAAAGAGCGUCGCCAUGAGUACCUAAGCUACUUGCGAUUUGUGCAAGUCUUCUUCAUCUCUGUCAUAGUGGGCUGCCUCUGGUGGCGCUCGAAGCGAGAAACCCAAGUUCAGAUCGCCGACCAGAUGGGAUUGAUCUUCUUCUGGUCCAUUUUCUGGGGCAUGUUUCCCCUCUUCACAGCGAUCUUCACGUUUCCGCUGGAGCGCGCCAUGCUAAACAAAGAGCGAGCAUCUGAUUUGUACAGACUUAGCUCGUAUUUUAUGGCUCGCACCCUCGGUGACUUGCCCCUCGAUCUCAUCAUGCCGGUCAUCUUCGUGUUCAUCGUGUACUUCAUGGCCAACUUAAAAUUAACAGCGGCUGCAUUUUUCUUGUCGCUAUUGACAGUCUUCCUCAACGUCGUCACGGCACAGGGUCUAGGAUUUCUCAUAGGAGCAGUAUUGAUGGAAACGAAAAAAGCGACCACUCUGGCGUCCAUUAUAAUGCCGGCCUUCAUGCUCACAGGGGGCUACUUCGUGCAGGGCAUUCCAGUGUGGAUGAAAUGGCUGAAAUACGUAUCCUUCAACUACUUCAACUACCGUCUCCUGACGAAAAUCCAGUACUCCUCCUCGGAAACAUACGAUUGCAAUUCAAGCACUGGUUGUAAGUCGAUGGCGGAUGCACCUGCCUUCCACGGAGUGAGCUUAGAGGGAGGUGGCAUUGACGCCAUGGCCUUGGUGAUUAUGGUCAUUGGUUACCGCAUUCUGGCUUACUGCGCGUUGCGAUGGAUGAACGGAAGACGGUGAACAUACUGGCUAUAAUGUAGAAUGCACGUAGCUUGUACUACUAAAAACAUUUUAUGCAAUAUAACAAAGAAAUUGGAUCUUCAAAGGUUCCUAGUUAGUCAUAUUUCGACACCGUCGAUCCAAUUUCUGCAUUUCGGAUAGCAGCUCCUGUACCCUUCACGGCCUUCCGAUCGAGAUCACAAUUUUGAGUCUAACAGGUGAUCUCCGCUUGGCCCUGUCUCAAAGGUGUAGGCUAUCAAUCUGCAGGCGCAUUGCUCAUUGCUCUCGGGCAUAGUACUCGUCGAAUUCCCUCCAAGUCGGUUACAAUUCAAAAAACUUGAGCAGACUCGGGUCUUUAUACUUGUUAUCAUUCGAUUCUCGAACAUCAGAAUUGCGCGGUGCAUUUGCGAAGAGAGACUCUUAUUUUCAAUUAGCUGUAAUCAUGGUUGGCCUAGUGGAGCUGUAAAGUCGCAUAUUCUCGAAAAAUAUGCUCACCUUGUUUGUGUUGAACUAUGCAAAAGAUAAAAUCGUAUUGAAGAGAUACAGAAUAUAUAUAUAUAUAUAUAUAUAUAUAUAGUGGUGAGGACAAUGCAGUGUGGCCGUAGCGGAGACUUGGGUCUUCAAUGGGUUGAAAGCUAAUAAUAUCUCAAUGGGUUUCAUAUUUCAAUAA